GGAAGGCCUCCCGCGGCCGCGCGGCAGCGGCGCCGCGCCAUGGGCGCGCGGCCCGCCACGACGCCGCCGCUGCGGAGGGCCGCACAGGCCGCGGCGGGGCUGCUCGGCGCAUUCGGGCCAGUGCGCGCGCUGCCCAUCCUGCCCGAGCACCUGUUCUGCCACAACAGCUCCGUGCAGCUGCAGGCGGCCGCUGGCGGCGUGACUGCGAGCAUCCCGUGCGAUGCGGGCGCCUUCGGCACGGGCACGGUCUGCUGCGAAGACGAGGACGUCGCCUUCGUGCUGGAGCACCUGCAGCACACGCUGGAGUUCGGGCAGCGGCACAUCGCCGAUCGCCAGGAGUUCCAGGAGCAGUACUCGCGGCUGGCAGUGGGCGAGCACCCCUGCGGGCCU